AUGGACGAAGUUAUUCAUAACCCUGAUUUGACAUUCCCUCAAGGUUUAUCUUGGGGGUAUUUGUCGUCAUCGACAUCUGGUGCCUUAAUUGUUGUACAAUUAAGCCAUUUCGAGUGUGGAGGAAUCGCGCUUAGUCUUUGCAUGUCCCACAAGGUGGGAGACGCAUGCAGCGCUUACUACUUCUUGAGGGAUUGGGCUAGGUUAACUCGAGAUCCAAAAUUAACAUUAUCUCCUCCAUACUUUGUUCAAGAUUCACUAAUGCCAUCAGUACCAUUUGAUGUUCCUCUGUUUUCCCCUGUUAUUGAGCCAAAAAAGGAAAGAUGUAUUCAAAAGAGGUUUGUAUUCUCUGAAUCCAAGAUAAACGCGCUUAAAGCCUUGGUUGUUGCAGAAUCCUGCGUGCAAAACCCAACAAGGAACGAGGUCGUGAGCGCCCUCCUCUACAAAUGCGCCGCUUCUUCUUCUACUACCAAUUUAGGACGAUCUCAGUUAGUCCAAACCUCAAACUUGCGAAGUCAAGCAUCACUACCACCAACCAGCAUAGGAAAUAUUGCCACUAUAUUUUCCACACCAAUAUAUGAAAACUACGAACAUGACCUCAAACUGCCAAAAUUAGUAACCGACAUAAGAAAGUCCAAACACGACCUGUCCACCAGAAAUAAUCUACAAGAAAAUGAAUAUAUCAGAGUGAUGUUGGAGGCAUAUAGAACAGGGAAAUUGCCAUUCCAUCAAAGGAAUUGUGAUGUUUAUACUAUUACUAGUAUAUUAGCAUUCGAAUUCGAAAAAAUAGAUUUUGGAUUUGGGAAACCUACUAGAGCAAGCCAAGAAAGUGGUUCAUUUAGCAACUUGUUUAUCUUAAUGAAUACACCUGAUGAUCAUGAUAGAGGAGUUGAAGCCUUUGUAAAUUUGAAUGAACAGCACAUGUCUGUUUUCAAGAAUGACAAGGACCUCCUCCAAUUUGCUACUCCAUUUUAA